ACUCAACUCGCAAACCAACUGAGCCUCCUCAUCAAAACACAAAACCAACACGAACUUGAUAUACAUAAUUUCACAGACUCUUCCAUGGAGUUGUUGAGUAUUCUUAUUUGCUCAUCAAUAUUCUUCAUAUUUCUCCAUGCAUAUUCACUAUUGCAUCGACGAAACCUCCCCCCAGGCCCCAAAGGCAUCCCUAUCUUCGGGAGCCUCUUUGCCAUAGGUGACAAACCUCACGAAACAUUCUCUAAAUUAUCAAAGAAAUAUGGCCCUUUAAUGUCCAUCCGAUUAGGUGGUGUGACAAGCAUUGUGGCAUCUUCACCGGAGAUGGCCAGAGAAAUUCUCCAGAAAAACGACGAGGCCUUUUCUGGUAGGGUAGUCCCUUCAGCUAUAACUAAGCUAGAGCAUUCUUCUUAUGCUGUGGUGUGGCUUUCUACGAAUGAUCAAUGGCGAACACUUAGAAAAGUUCUAGCCACCUACUUGACAAACACUCAGAAACUAGACACGUUACGAGACUUGAGGCACAAAGUGGUGCAAGAAAUGGUUCAACAUCUCAAAGAGGUGAGUGGGAAAGGAGAAGCAGCUGAUAUUGUGAAGCUGGGGUUUGCCACAGCUGUAAAUCAGAUCUCGAAUACAUGUUUCUCUGUGAACGUAGCUGACUACAAGACUCAAGAUGUUAAGGGGUUUCAGAAUGCAGUGAAAUCAGUCAUGGAGGUUGAUAUAAAAUUUAAUGUUGCAGAUUAUUUUCCUCUGCUUAGAGCUUUGGAUCCUCAGGGAUUAAGAGGAAAGGCCAAGGAUGCUUAUGGAUAUCUUGAACAACUAUGUGAUAAGUUCAUAGUCGAACGUUUGAAGCAGAGACAGAGCAAGGCGCAGAAACAUGGCGAUCUCUUGGAUUGUUUUCUUGAUUUCAGCCAAGAAAAUGAAUCCGAGUUCAGCUUAAAGCAUGUCCAAGUUUUACUAGUGGAAUUAUUUCUUGCGGGAACAGAAACAACUGCAAAUACAGUCGAAUGGGCGCUAACUGAACUACUACUCCACCCUCAAACAAUGGCCAAGCUACGAAAGGAGGUCAUUGAUAGUGUAAAAGCAAACGGGAAAAUAGAAGAAGGUGCAGUCAUGGGGCUGCCAUAUCUACAAGCAGUUGUUAAAGAAACAAUGAGGCUCCAUUUACUAGUUCCUUUUCUAGUUCCUCGCAGAGCAGAAAAGGAUGUAAAACUGAAAGGCUACACAAUACCUAAAGACACUCAAAUACUUGUGAACGCAUGGGGCAUUGCUCGAGAUCCGGAAUAUUGGGAGAAUUCCACAAGCUUUAUCCCAGAGAGGUUCUUGAAUAGUGAAGUGGAUGUCAAGGGACAAGAUUUUUCAUUGCUUCCGUUUGGUUCGGGCCGGAGAAUGUGUGCAGGAAUUGCUCUGGGACAGAGGGUGGUGAGCUUGAUGAUAGCAUCUUUGGUUUAUCAUUUUGAUUGGGAGCUUCCUAAUGGAAUGAGUUGGGAAGUUGAUACGAGCGAAAGAUUUGCAUUAUCACUACAGAAGGCAAAGCCUCUGCUUGCCAUCCCCAAGAUCCUGAAUGCAUAAACUAAGAGUAGUAUCAGUCAGAAAUUCAGUGUUUGCACCUUUUUAUCCGCAUUAUUAACAAGUGAUCGUAACACCACACAACUACUUAGUUGUAACUUGGAAGUGUGUUAUGGUGUACACUACACAUAAAUAAAUGAAUAAAUAAAUAAAUAUGGCUCCUUUGUUUCA